GCGCCGCGCGGGGCACGCCGGGAAGCCGCCGCCCAAGAUGGCGGCAGGAUUGAAAAGUGGUCGGCGGAGCUGAGGCGGCCCGGCAUCCGACCGCCUCCCGGGGCUGCUCUGCCUCCUCCCGGCCCCGUGCAGCCUUACCCCGCCGCCCCAGGGCCGCUGCGGGGAUGCCCCGGAGGGGGCCGGGGCCGCCGUUGCAGCCGCUGCUCCCGGAGCCAUGGAGGAGGAGAGCAAGAAAGGCAAAAAGCCUGGAAUCGUGUCCCCUUUCAAGCGAGUCUUCCUGAAGGGUGAAAAAGGACGAGAUAAAAAGGCCCAGGAGAAGGUGACAGAGAGACGACCUCUCCAUACCGUCGUGGUGUCACUGCCUGACCGUGUUGAGCCAGACAUCCUGCUGAAUGACUACAUCGAGAAGGAAGUGAAGUAUUUAGGCCAACUCACAUCUGUCCCAGGGUACCUGAAUCCUUCCAGCCGCACUGAAAUACUGCAUCUGAUAGAUAAUGCGAAGAGAGCACAUCAGCUUCCGGGGCAGCUGACCCAAGAGCACGAUGCUGUGAUCAGUCUGUCUGCCUACAACAUCAAGCUGGUGUGGAGGGAUGGAGAAGAUCUCAUCCUCAGGGUCCCCAUCCAUGACAUUGCAUCCGUGUCCUACAUUCGAGAUGACUCUGCUCAUCUGGUUGUGCUGAAAACAGCUCAGGACCCUGGGAUCUCCCCAAGCCAGAGUCUCAGUGCUGAGAGCUCCAAAGCUCUCACCUCGGGCUCGCUGUCAGAGAGUGGUGUGGUACCCGUGGAAGCUUGCUGCUUGGUGGUGCUGGCUACAGAGAACAAAGUGACUGCAGAGGAGCUGUGCUCACUUCUCAGCCAAGUCUUCCAGAUUGUUUACACUGAGUCCACAAUAGACUUCUUAGAUAGAGCAAUAUUUGAUGGUGCGUCCACGCCGACACGGCACAUGUCCCUGCACAGUGAUGACUCUUCUACAAAAGUGGAUGUUAAAGAAUCAUACGAAACAGAAGCAAGCACCGUUUCCUUUCCAGAAACCUUGGAUGCAGGUGACAACUCUCCCUCUUCCUUCUUGACACAACAAUCUCCACACAUCAAAACCAUCAGCGAGAGCGAGCUGAGCACUACAGCCACAGAGCUGCUCCAGGACUACAUGAUGACGCUACGAACAAAGCUCUCUUCCCAAGAGAUCCAGCAGUUUGCAAUGCUGCUGCACGAAUAUCGCAACGGAGCCUCGAUACACGAGUUCUGCAUCAACUUGAAGCAGCUCUAUGGGGACAGUAGGAAGUUCCUGCUCUUGGGCCUGCGGCCCUUCAUUCCCGAAAAGGACAGCCAACACUUUGAGAACUUCCUGGAAACCAUCGGAGUGAAGGACGGCCGCGGCAUCAUCACAGACAGCUUUGGGAGGUACAGGCGGACGCUGAGCACCACCUCCAACUCCACCACCAACGGCAACGGCGCGGCCGGCAGCUCGGAUGAGCAGUCUGUGCCCUCGGAGGAGGACGAGUGGGACCGCAUGAUCUCACACAUCAGCAACGACAUCGAGGCGCUGGGCUGCAGCAUGGACCGCGACUCCUCCUGAGAGCCAGCAGGCUUUGGCAGCACCUGCCCAACAGACCCUCGUUUCCAAAGAGGUUUUCAGGGUGGAGAAGGAUGUAGUUACUCUCCCGUCUGCGCCAGCAGCUGUCUGUGCCCUCUUACUGUGAAGGUGUGCGUUGCUGCAGGCAUGCUGCAAAGGAGGAGCCGGGUAGGAGCCCAUCCUCCAGCCUUCCCUGGUCCCAUCAGCGCGCAGGGAGCGAGGCUGGGAGAGCCCUGCGUGGAGGCAGGUUGCCUACAGCCCUCCCUCCCUCCCUGGUUUACAGUUUUGCACAUGGUGUCCUUCUUGUAACUGCUCUCCUCCUCCCCUCUUUUGAAUGAAGUUUACCACAAUGUGAAUUAUUUAAGCCUAGCCUUGCAGUUGGCACAGCAUUUCGCAGCCAGACCUGCAGGUGCUCUGCUUCCCCCCCUCCCCUCCAUCCUCCUGCAGCAUGCUCUCAGCUGGGCUCCCAAAUUUUGUGCUUUUGCUUCUGUCCUGCAGGGAACCUGGAUUACAAACCCCAUCUGCCCGCUCCUUGCCUUCGCUCCAGCAGUGGCAGGAAGGAGGCAGCACCUGCCCCAUGUUCACAGUGGUGGGAGGUAGCGCAGAGCCUCUGCUGGCUCCUGAGGUCCCAAAGGACAUUAUCACACACCCAUGGAGGUGAGAGCUGCUCCUGGACAACCACAGUGGGGUCUCCAGCACACGGUGUACAUAUUGUAAAUAUUUUACACGCGGUUAUAAAUACACACUUAUUUUUUUAAUCUGUAUCCCUUGCCCAGGAAGCAAUCCUGCUUGAAGGGAGGUGCUGGCAGAACCCACGGGCACACAGCUCUGCUUGCUGGGUGCACAGGAGCUGGGGUAGAAGCAAGCACAGUCAGUGCAAAAACACAAGCAGCAGGAAGAGAGCACAGGCUUGGGCAAGCUGUGCUGGGCAGGGAGCAGAGCUGGAGCUUCCCUUUCUUUGCACACUUCUGUGGCUACGAGGGGAAGCACAGGCUGCAACCCCUUUAGGAAAGGCCUGUCCCUGUUUUGAUUCAUGCUCAGGAGUGCUGCUGUGCUCAGCAUCGUACCCCCUCAAGCCCUGCCCUUGCCCAAAGCAGCUCCAGCACCCCCUGUGAAGGUGCUGGGAUGGAAGAAGGACCAAAGGCAGCGAGGAGCAGGGGAGGCUCUGGUGUAUAUAGCACAAGGACACAGAGGUACCCCCAUGCCCUUGCUUGGAGCUGGCUGGCCUCUGCAGGACCCAAGCCCAGACACUUGCUCAGCACUUUGCAGGGGAAUUCAGCCCCUCCAGCACAUUCCUCUGUGCUUUGUCCUGCUGCACUGCUUCCACUGCAGUAACACAUCCCAGAGCUCCCACUGCCCUUUAAUGUUGCUUAUCCUCUGCAGCCCCAUGCAGAAGCUUGCCACCAUCAUCCCAGUGCCAGGCUGCUCCCUCAUUAACCAGAUGCAGUUCUCUGCCAUCCUGCUGUGGAUCCACCGCUUUGAUGCCAUCCUGCCACGCUCCCUUUGCAGCUGGGACAGAGCCCAGAGCCAAGCCUUCAUCCCUGCAUCCUCUCCCCUCUCUCAGCUCUGCCCCUUGGGCUACUUCUUACCCUGCUCCUGCAGGCACAGCGGUCCAGGAUUGCAGCCCCAAUGACCCCACAGCUCAGUGCUUCAUCUUUAAAAGGUGCACAUUUGUGUCCUGCUAUGGGGCACUUCCUUUUAAGGCAGCUCCACACUGCAAAUCACAGCCAUAAAAACAAAAACAACUCUUCCCUUUGCCAUUGAGGCUGCUCUGUCAACAGCUGGACCACAAGCAGGAGAGCAAGGAGAGCUGCAGCCCCUGCACCAGCAGGGUUAGAAAAAGUGAAAAAAAUAAUAAAAAAACAACCCCAAAACUCACAAGUCAGGAGUAACAGGCAUUGAGCUCCCACUGAGCUUGGGAGCACUGCUCCAGAGCCCUGGCUAUGCUGAGUCCUCAGUGCCUUCUCACACACAUGCAGAUUUAUAAAGAAGAAAACAUCACCAAUGACACAAACUGACCCUUGAGUCACUGACAGCUUAAGGAAAUCUGGAAAAGAAAAACCCUAUUUUUGAAAAGAUUGUGUACAGAGAUGCAUUUAGCAGAAGCUGUAGCAGCUCAUGGUAUUUUUUUAUACUUCACUGGGAAAUGUGAUUUAGUUCUGGAGAUAAGUGUUUGUCAGAACUCUGUUGAGGUGACCGAGUGCUUCCCCCCCAAAAAACCCCACUGCUGCUCCCCACCACGACAAGCCCCCGUGCUGCCCAAGACCCCGAGCACCGCAGGGGGAGCCGGGGACGCCCCGGGGGUGUUUUGUAUGUAUGCUUUCUGUAUGGAGUAUUUGUUACAGGUAAAUAUAACUCUGCA